UUUUCGUUCAAUCUUCAAAGAUGUCGUCUUCUUUGGAACCAUCUUCAUCUACUCGUAUCGAGGAAGAAACUAGUUCAGUUUGGAGUUAUACAGAUUCGAUGUUAGACGUCUAUGACGUCCAUGAUCCCGAAGAAGUAAAUACUCAAGAAUUGUUCGAUAAGCCACGUGGUCAGAAACGAUGGAUCGGAAAAGAACAUCAUCGAGGAAAGGAACGCCUUCAUAAUAAUGUGAAGGAUAGGACCUUCAUCGAGAAAACUAUUAAGGCUACAGAGCCUUUGAGCAAGAAUGCUACAAAGAAAAUUGAAGCAUCUACCAGAGAUGGACUGGAUUUCAAUAUCGUCUACUCUCUCGACAAGAAGAAUCGGUGGCAAACAGCGGACACCAUAACGCUACUAGGAGCUACUCCAGAAAACUUGAAAGCAGAAGUUGUCGAAAGAAAUGGCCUCGAGCAAUGCGGAUUACAGCAUCCGAAUAAAUCAACAUUUGCAGUUCAUUCGAAACAAGUCAAUUUAGAUAAAGAACCCGGAGAUUUUGAUAUCAGAAGUGCGACUUCAUCGGGAAAAGGCCAACAUUAUUCAAAUUUCCUUCCGGAAACAAGAGAAUUCAGUAAGAAGGCAAAUGCAAAAAUGAUGACGAUUAGGGGACAAGAUCAGGAGGAUUUGAAAACUCGAGAAGUGGAACAGCCCACAAUAUCCUAUAAUCUUUAUAAAACCCACCCAAACCGAGAGGUUGGUGGAGGACAGUUAUUCAAGCCAAAAGUUGCCUUCAAAUCCGGACGCCACCGAGCUAACAAUAAGAUUGACCUGGAAAAUUAUGAUUCUUAUGAAGAAGAUUUUGAUGAAGAAUAUGAGCAAUCUAAUGAACUAGUGCCCCAACGUCCAUCUGAAAAUUCUGUGGAUUUAUCCACAUUCGUUGUGGAAAAUCGGGAGAAGCAGUCUAGAAAAUCUAAAAGAAAUGACAAUGAAAUGUCCUAUGAAAUAGUUGAAUCACUGAAGCCUGAAACUGAAUACUGUAACUUAUUUAAUAUUCAAGACUAUCUUCGUAAUGAGGGAUACACUUUCGAAAGUGCUGAAAUCACUUUUCACAAUCAGAAACAAAACAUGGAGCAUCAAAUGGAACAGCUCCGAGAGGAGGAUAACAAUUUGGUUAUUAAAACAAUUCAACCUGGACAAUAUUUGAUUGAUGCAUCCGAGUGGUGCCAGUUGGAUGGUGGAAUUAAAGAUGGAGAACCUACGACAAUCAUUGUUAUUAGCCAUGUUAAGAGGAAUCAGUACAAGGUUCUCGUCAAUUCAACUAUUGCCGUACAUCCUUCAAAAAAAGGUUCACAACAUUUGAAGCAAUUGAUAUCGAGUGCAAUGACUUUCCGAGAGGCUGUUUCUAGAAUCACUACCGAAAUUUUGACGAACCGAAAAAUAAUUGAAACAAUGAAAAUGUCAACUUUGCUAUAUGGAAGGAAAACAGUUCCCGAGCUUCUUCAUGACAGCUAUGAAUGGGAGAAUCAGCUUGUGAAUAUGAAUUGGCCUAAUCAGUACUAUCACUGCACAUGGGCAAACUCCGAAGAGUUGAGCACAGUUGGUGGAAAGUUGGAAUGGAAGGACUUAUGCGAUAUGGUUAGAAGAGAGAAUAAUGGGACUUUUGAUAAUGGCAAACCUGACGAAAAAUGUGGUGUUUGCAAUCAGAAAACAGAAGCAAAGGAAAUAUUCUUGGUCGAAAGUGAACUCACAACCAAAUGCACAGACUGCCUCAAAGACGAAUUCUACAGAGAGUUCAGAGCAAGACGUCUUCCAAUCGAUCUUCAAAUCAAAGCUGUUGAUGAACUAGAACUCCUUUCAACAUUUAUACCACUACCAAUUGUUAAUUUGUAUAUCAGAAUGGUCUCAGAAACUACUUAUCAAGAUCUCGGCGCACUCGGCAGUUUUGAAAAAUGCCCAAAAUGCAAGUCAGCUGUAUUUUUCGACGAGGUCGUUGAGGGAAAUGAUAAGAAAACUCAAAAUCGAUCCUGUCCAUGUGGAUAUUCUUGGUGUAGACAAUGUAAUAAAGUUCCACAUUGGCCAUUGAAAUGUGGAGAUUUUGCGGAAUGGGACGAGAAAUGGCUCUUGAGAUAUGCCGUGAAAAAUGCUCAAGGAGCCGGUGACCAGACUCUCCUUCAAGUUGCAUGUUCCUGUGGAAAAGAAGUUUACAGUUCCCUGCUCCCAGAAGAAUUUCUAAUCUGCCCCAACUGCAAAAUAACUAUCGAUACGCACACAAUGUCUACUGUAUGGAAACACGAAUACUUCCCAUUUAACCCCCGGUUCCGGAAACUUGUUGAAAGUGAUUAUACGAUUCUUGGUCGAAACUAUAACGAGCGUCCAUAUGUACCACCAAUUGCAGUUUAUACGGAGCUUGAAAAGAUUCCUGGAAUCAAAGCUUCCGUUAUUGAAACAUGUGCAGCGGCGAGAGAUGUGAGAUAUAAUGUUCAUACAAGAAAUCGAGCUGUAAACCGUGAACAUGUCUUGAUUCGGAAAGGAGUUUUGAGCCCAGAAAUCAUGGGGAAUCUGUUAGGGACUACCGUGUAUCUAGUGGAAAACGUAACUGCGUGGAUGUACAUGACAAGUCAAUAUGAUAGAAAUAUCAAGAACACUUUGGAAAGUAUGAUGGAAAAUCGAAAGAAUUUGUUGAGUAGUCUGGAAAAAGAAGAUUUAGAUGCAAUCAAGGAGUGUGCUAAAAAAUUGAGAAGAGACAUCGAUACUGUUGUGCAAGCCGUAGAGACGAAAGUGAAAGAUGCGAAAAUAAUUUAAUUUUUCAUUUUUAUUGCUCAAUAAUAAAUUAUUUUGUCAUUUUCAAAUUGUGUAACAUUUAAUGCUCUUAAAUAAAUUUAUAUUCUUUUAAUC